AGUGUCAGAAGGACCACAAGAUGGUUUCCAUGUCACCCAAUCCUAUACACCCCUAGAGUUUUUGGAAAUGAAUGACAACAAAUAAUCAGUCAAGAAUGAAGAGGUUUCAAUUACAGAUCUUGUUUCAAGUGCACCGAGGGCAUUGGGUUGUCACACAGUGGCCAGGGGAUCACCAAAACAGGACCUCCGGCCAAACUUUAGCAUGCCAAACCAUCACAUUUUUGCUGUCAAAAACAAAUUUGCAUGUUCCGUGCUUCAAUAAGUCAAUAAGAAUCAAUGGGGUUAGGAAAUUGGUGCUAAUAGCUACUUAAUACAUGUUUAUUUGUUAUUUAAGGAGAUACCCAUGGCGUCAAGACUAGUUCAGUACACAAUCGGACACGAUCAUUAUCAGACACAACACACAGAAUCAUAGGAGACUCUCAAAGUCGUCAUGUUUUUUGUUGUGCCAUCAUUUUUAUUAUGUUAGCACCUACGCAGCUUUUAGAUCGUUCCCACAAGGUAAAAGAACUAGCAUAACUAUAAACUAACACACCGAGCGAGUGGCAUACACAUAGCUAAUGCACUGAACGCCUUCUUAUCCUCGAACUUUCAAAAUCUAGCUAUGCGUGUUGACCUAGCAUUUCACAGGUGCAGUGGAUUGCAAUCGAGUCUGGCAACCUAAAUCAAGUCAACUAUGUUGUUAUGAAGGGAGACGUAAACCUCUGCCUCGCUCCGGAAGACUAUGAAGAUGUUAGUUUAGAGGUUGUGGAAGAGCAGAUUCCUUGUCUGAGCAUCACCAUAGAAGAUGACAUGGAGAGGGAAAGCUGUGAUGAGACCUUUACUGUUGUCUUGAGCACAUCUGAUCCCAGUGUCAUUAUUGUCUCACCAAACACGUCUACUGUUACCAUCUAUGACAAUGAAGAGCCCAGGAUUGAAUUCAUCAAUAAUACUCCAGAUUCUACUGGUUCCAAUAUAAGCUCAGAAUUUCAGAUAGAGGGCUGCAUCAAUCAGACAAUGUGUACCGUACGUCAAACUGGAGAAUCUAUUGCCUGUGAAAAUUCUGUGUCCUUCACACAAGAGCGAAAUGGUGCUCGCACUCUGUUUAUUACAGCCAGUGGCUUCUGUGGAAACAGUCAAACACUGUCCCGUAUUCUUCGAUCUGGAACUGGUCCAUCUGUUGACAAUGUUGUCACUGAUUUUGGGCUCAGCAUUAGAAGGGCGAGUGCAACAGAACCUGGAGAGUUUGACAAUAUCGUGACUGGCCUCAGGUGCCCUACAGCAGCUACUCAGGCUCCCUCUCCAUUUACUGUGACAUGCUCUGUGGAUAAUGUUGGUCAUGGAGAGGUGACUGUGUCUGGGUUUGAUUCCAGUGGCACAUGGGCCAUUGCAGUUCGGCCAAUCGAGCCAUCUGUUGACAGUCGUCUGUGCCGCAGGCGUAUAGAACGAACGUUCAUGUUUGACAUUUGAAACUCUCCAGAUAUAUCUGUUAAAGUGCAGAGCAGAUUCAUAUUAGUUUGUAGCUGUCUAGUUUCAUGUUCUCUAUUGUAUCUGCACUGAAUAAUUCUACAUCAUUUUUCCUAGUAUGUGUCAAAAACAAGGCAAAGGCAAAACUAAGAAGA